AUGUCAAACUUGAGAAGGGUGUUGGAGAGGCAAGAGAGAGAAGAGGAAGAAAUCCGGAGGAGACGUGCUGAGGAAGAUCGGGAGGCCGAUGAAGAAGAGGUGGAAAUGCUUGUAGCCUUUGCUAUGCUUAAUGAAUCAAGGCAACACCACCGUCGUCAUGCCCAGAAUGUGGAUAGACGUAGGCAGUCUCGUGGUAAGAAUCUCAUGGAAGAUUACUUUAUCCCAAAUUCGUUAUAUCCUGUUUCUAAGUUUCGAGAGAGAUAUAGAAUGCAGCCACAUUUGUUCCAAAAAAUCAUGCAUGAUAUUUGUAAUUACGACACAUACUUCAUUCAGAAGUAUGAUGCUUGUGGAGUUUUGGGUCUUCUCCCAGAGCAAAAACUUACAGCUGCUUUGCGGAUGCUUGCUUAUGGGGCAUCUGCAGAGCAGGUGGAUGAGAUUGCAAGGAUGGGAAAAUCAACUAUCCUAGAAUGCUUGGUGAGAUUUUGUGAUGCCGUAGAAAAUCUCUACACGAGGGAGUACCUUCGCAGACCUUCUCAUGCGGUCCUACAAAGGCUUCUAAAAAAAGCUGAUACUCGAGGUUUCCCAGGAAUGAUUGGAAGUAUCGAUUGCAUGCACUGGCAGUGGAAGAAUUACCCAACUGCCUGGCAAGGAGACUAUGGGAAUCGAAAGGGCAAAAAAAGUAUAAUUCUGGAGGCCGUAGCUUCAUUCGACACUUGGGUUUGGCAUGCAUUCUUCAGAGUUGCCGGAUCUCAGAAUGACCUCAAUGUGCUUGGUCAAUUCCCAGUAUUCAACGAUGUAUUGAGAGGUCAUUCCCCCCAGAUCACGUACCAAAUCAACAACACUGUCUUGGCGCAUGUGGGAGUGGUGAGUCUUGAUCCAUUGGGGAGUCCAAUGGCGAAUCGGUUGUCGACGAAUCGUGGAGCGGCGUCUCAUUCAACACAACCUCCGGAACAGUGCAAAUGA